AUAGACAAUUUUUCGUUAUCUGGCAAGCAAAAUCUGCUUUUUGUUUGUAGGUUAUGUUUUAGUGAUUAAUUGUCAAAAUUUAUGUUGAAUAUUUUCGUGGAAUUUGUUCAGUUAUUAUGGAGUGGACAUGAACUCGUUACUUGUGUCGCCUAGUGAAAUAUUCUAUAGAUCGUUGGUUCUAGUAAAGUAUUUAACAUCCAUCGUUCAUUUAAUGACUGUGUCGAUCUCGGAGUAUUACUUGACAUUGAGUUAUUGAAUUGAGAUGUGAACACGAAAGUGGAUACGCACUCGUCACCGUACUAUCAACAACGUGAAGUUUUCUAACUAAGCUUAUUACUUUGUAGAUCUGUACAUUUCAGUUUCGUUUUUUGCAUAGUUUAGACAUAAGCCGUCAAGAUGACGAUGAGUCAGUUAACAGUUAUGAAACUUUAUAAUACAGUAGUGGACGACGUGAUAGCUGGAGUAAGGGACUGCUUUCUGGACGACGGUGUAGACGAGCAAGUACUGCAGGAACUGAAGCAGUUAUGGAAAACAAAGCUCCAAGCCAGUGGGGCCAUGGACCCACCACAGCCCGAACCCGCUAUACCGCCGCCACCUCCGGUGCUACAGAACUUUCAAAAGGCCAACGGUAACAAUGUGGUACCUAAGAGGACUGAUACACAUUUGGGACAGCAAGGUUCUAGCCAAAACUCUGGUGUGGAGCAUGGUGCUCCAGCCUCCAACCUAGCUGGUGCACAUCCACAUCAUGUACUGGACCCCAACAACAAAGUGCCAGUGCAACUAACCUUGCCCGCUCAGCCAGGAGUACCGGGAUCACAACCACGCUCAUUUACUAUACAAAUCCCUGCAUCUGCACUGAACGGUAAUAAACUACAUCAAGUGCUCACUGGCCCAAUUAUAAAUGCUACUAUAAGUUUACCUCAACCCCUAGCUGCAACAUUAUUGCAACAACACAUCAAUUCUGCAUUAGCCGGGCAACAAAAUGAAUUUGACGGAGGUGGAGGUGGCCGCAGUGGUGCUGCGCCUUUCUCUUUAGAUGGUGCUCUAGAUUCUUCUGAUGACGAGGGCUCAAAUGGUGGCGAUGGCUCUGAAGAUGGUGCGGGUGAUGAUGACGAGGAUGAGGAGUCUCCCGAGGAAAGAGCAGAGGAGGAGGAAGAGGAGCGGGAUGAAAGUGGUGGGGCUGAGGAGGAACCUCUCAACUCAGGCGAUGAUGUGUCUGAUGAAGAGCCCGGUGACAUGUUUGAUACUGACAAUGUGGUGGUUUGUCAAUAUGACAAAAUAACACGCAGUCGCAAUAAGUGGAAGUUCUAUCUUAAAGAUGGUAUCAUGAACUUAGGUGGGAAGGAUUAUGUCUUCCAGAAAGCGAAUGGUGAUGCGGAAUGGUGAAAAUUUACUAAUAAUGAACAAAUAAGCUGUGUGUAUUUUUAUAGAAGGUGUAACUUGUUGUAUCUGACUGUUGGAAUGUAACUACUAGAGAAAACAAAAGACAAUGGUGAAAUACAGAUAUUAUUAUUUAAUUAUAAUAUCAUAAUGCACAUUGACUUCAACCUUAGCAUGAGUAUGGAUCACAUCUCACAGCUAUGCAAUUGACUCGUGUUUUAAUACCAUCUUACAUUAUUAUAGGACCUAAACUAAAAAAAAUAUAUAUCUUUCAAUCUUUAUACAGAUUUCAUUCAACUUUUAUAAUGAAACUGAGUGGUCAACUAACCUUUAAUGGAUUGUUAUCUUACUUUCUAUUUAUCUUUUAAUCAUCUUUUAUAGAUGUUAUCAGGCCAUAGUGAUCUUACUUUACUUAGUUCUACAAAAUGUAUUUCACUUCAUAACAAUGACAGGUGUUAUGAAGUGAAAUACAAAAUUUUGUAUUUGUUCUGGAGAGUAUACAUUUUUGUGAGCAUUUUCUUGUUUAGGUUGAAGUCAGUGUUGGUGAUGCUCAUGGAAAAAGUACCAAAUGCAGGUGAUGGUUCAAUGAUUAUAAUGAGCUUCUUACAUUAGUUACUGUCAAAAUUAUUUAGGUGUUCUGUACAUUUUGAUUGUAAUUUGCUAUUUAAGCUUCACUAAAGUUGAUACAUAAAAGAAUCACUGUAAAAGUAGAAAUAUCCACACUGAUGUAACUUGUGCCAUAACCAAGAAAUAACUCUGAAAUCCAUUUUAACUGUAUUAUUAUGAGCUGCUUAUCCAAACAUAUUUGCAUUUUAUAUGUGUAUAAUUGGCAAUCCAAAGGUUUAAUAUCCAAUGUAGUAAUUUCAAUAUGUUGUUUCAUCUGUUGUAGCUAUGUUUUCUUUUUCAGAAUUGAAAUUGUUGAUAUUUUGUUCUUGUGCUUGUUAUAUUUAACAAACCAGCACCAAUAACAUAACAGCAACAUAUUUAAAUACACUUCAACAGUAUAGUGAAGCUGGUAGCAUAUAAUUAAUGUAACAAAUACGAAAUCCAAAUUAAUAAGUGAUGUGUACACAGUGUAUCACAUAGCUUUCAAACUACGUUUUGGCAUAGAAUAAGUUGAGUUUUACAUCCAAACAUUACUUGUAAGUUUCUUCAAAGUAAUUCAGUUGAUUACUGUUAAUCUAUAAAUGUAUAUAUUUUCUUAAAUUGUUCAUUAAUUAAUUAUCUAGCAAUAUUUCCAUUAAAGUAUUCAUCCCCUCACAAUACCUAGAAGGUACUUGUAAAUAACACCUGAGUACUGGUAAAACCUUGAGAAAUAUAAUGGUACGGCCGUGCAAGCUUUGCUCGAGACUUGGACGAGGCACUGCCAUGCCCGGAUAAUUGCUUUACGAAUAAUGGACAUCCACAUUUUGAAUUCAUUUAACUUUUAAGAUAUUUGUGUCUCAGUUCAGGCAUUAAGUUAUUAUAUUGUGAUAUCUAUGUUAAUAAAUAAUGUUUUCAAAGAGUGGAACAUUUAAAAUGUAUUUUAAAUUUUAUUUGUAAUUUAAUGAUCUUUGAUAAAAUGGUACAUGCAGCAAGUUCCAACUGUCUAGUUAAUUCUCAAAUAGAUAUGUAAUAUAAGUUUCUUAUGGUUUGUUUCAUCCCUUAAUAAAACGUUUGAUGAAAGUGGUAAUUACCUAUAAUAAAAUAUGUUGCAAGAUAA